AUGAGUGCGGUGCCAUUGUUUAAUGGCGAGCACUAUGCGUCGUGGCGCUUCAAGUUGAAGGUUCACAUGAUGGAGCGUGAACUUUGGGGCUUCUUCGACGGGCCCGAAAAGAAGCCACCUGCAAGCGCCUCGGAAUCGGAGAAAGGAGCAUGGGAAAAGAAAGACAAGAAGGGGUUCUCGUUUCUAGUGUCGAAGCUCGGACUUCAACUCGUGCCGGUGGUGAGCUCGUGCAUCGAUCUUGAAGGAGCUACACGUGAAGCUUGGAGGCACCUUGAGAACAUCCACGUGUCGAAGUCUCUCCACGGCAAGUUGCAAGCGAGGAGAAACUUCUUCACCGUGCGCAUCAAGGAGGGCGAGCACAUGCGGGCGUACAUCAAUCGUGUUGAGGAACUUGGCGAACGGAUGGUGGAGCUCGAAGCGAAUGUGGACGAGAAGGAUUGGAUCAUGACCCUUCUCGGGGGGCUCGGAGAGGAAUGGUCAACCGUCAUCGCCACCCUUGAAGGCACGCAAGCGACGUGGACCAAGGAGGAGGUGACGACGCGCCUCAUCAACGAGGAGAUGAGGCGGAACAUCUUGCAAGGCGACACAACGAGCUCGGCUCACUUCACUCGUGGCGCGAAGAAGGGCGUUGUCAACUUCAAGCCACGGAAUGACCGUGGGCACACGAGUGGAGGUGCGGGCACAUCAAACGCGCCACGUGGAGGACACGCCACCAACAACCGUGGUCAUGCUCGUGAAGGCGCAUGCCGGUAUUGCAUGAAGGUUGGGCAUUGGUGGCGCGAGUGUCGGAGCAAGCCGAAGAAUUGGACUCCAUCGAAUCCAACUCAAGAGGAGCGGCACGCGAACGUGGUGACUUCGGGAGAAGACACCAAGGAGUUCGUGUUCAUCGCGGGAGAAGGAGCGCUCGGCGGACCCGCAUGGCUUCUCGACACGGGGGCUACGCAACACAUGACGCCGAACGCGGACCUCCUUGAAGAUGUCUCGGUGGAUGCUCCUAUCAAGCGUGUGGUCUUCGGGAAUUAA